GAUAAAAUACAUUAUAUUAAAAAGAAGUGGAUAAAUGUCUCCCUCUGUCCUUCUGACCGCGUAUUGACCAAAAAUAUCAAGGCCCUGCAUGAAAUCUCCACGAUGGACUUGUUGCUCGAGACCCUUAUCUGUGAAGCAAAAAUAAAUAAUAAUAAUAAUGCCUCUGAGUCGUUUGAAAUACCCACUGACUUUCUUGUAAUAAAGAGAAGUAAGACAACAUCUCUGAUUGAGUGGCAAAAACUAAAGUAUGCUUUGCAUCUUCAUAGUAAUGAGGAAUCAUCCGUACUAACAACUCCACGUAUUACAAAAAAAGAAAAAAAUCGUAUACUUAUGUUAGACUUUUCUUCUGUAUAUGAUGACCUUAAAACCAGUAUAGAGAGAGAUGCAAAAGGUAAUGUUGUUUCUAGACCAAUGCGGCAUCAAAAUCUUGAAGAUGCUUGCAAGUUGAACUGCCAGAUACAUCUUUUUAAACCGAAGGCAGAGCAGAUACAAAUCCCUCUACAACCUUCAGAUCGUAGAAGAGGAUGUAUUAAUUUGUCAUGUGCUAGACAUGGAUUAAGAGUGGAAGACCCAUUAUCUAAUUCAUAA